UAGGUCGUCUACAAUAAAAAAUUAAAAUAAAUAAAAUAAAAUAUAAUAAAAAGCGAAAACAUGUUUGGCUGCAUUUAUCAGCUAUGGGACUGGCUGGAGGCGCCACCGCUCUUCACGGCCGGCACCAUGGACGCCAAGAAGCUGCAACAGUUACAGGCGGCAACGGCAGCCCAGCAGCAGAAGAAACUGCCGCUGGCCUAUCAAACAAAUCUGAUUGAUUAUCGCACGGCAACACAUUCGCCCGCCGGCUAUCAUCUGGCGCCGCAGGCGCUCUACCAGCAAUCCCCGACAGCCACCUCGUCCAGCGGCGGCGGCGGCCCGCUCUCGCCCAUCGAGAUGCAGCCGCAGUCGAAGCACGGUCUACUCAAGCAUACGCAUGGCGGCAACUCGAGCAGCUCGCACAGCUCACCCUAUCAUCAGUCGUACUCGAGCGGCGGAGGAGGAGGCGGUGGGGAGCAGCUGUAUCAGUCGCCCACGGAGCGCACAUAUCUGGCAGCUGCUGGACGACUGCAGGCGAGCAAUGCGACCGCGGGUCAACAUCCCAUUUCGGCGCUGCAGGCGCAAUACCAACAGCUGCAGCAGGCCAAGAUGCAGGCACAGCUGGCCACGCAGAGCGAAGCGGCGCAGCAGCAGCAGCGCACAUUCGCCAUGCGCCAGGCCAUGAAUCCGCCCACGGGCCACUACCACAUGAGCCAAUCCUCCAGCAUGGUCUCCAACAUGACCCUCCAGCAGCAGCAGCAGCAGCAGCAGCAGCGGGCGCCACCUUCCACGCUGAAUCUGGCUAAUCAAUAUCAGGCUGCCUCGGGCCCUUUGAAGCUACAGCAGCAGCAGCAGCAGCAGCAGCUGCCCAAGCACUACCAGGAGCAGCUCUAUGCCCAGCAGCAGCAACAGUUACAGCUGCAGCUGCAACAGCAACAACAGCUGCAGCAACAAUUGCAACAGCAGCAGCAACAGCAACGUCACAAGCCGGAGCAGCAGACGCCUGGCAGUGAGCACGGGCCCGUCUAUAUACAACAGAAUCAUCCUGGGCAUGUGGUGAAUCAGGCCUGUCAGACACAAAUCUCGAGCGUGACCAGGCCGAAGCCGACGCCCAGCUCGGAGGAGUCCUCAUCGGCGUCGACGCGCAGUCCCACGCAUGCGCCGCUCGAUCGCAAGAAGAGCAUCGGCUCGAUGCAGGCCCUCAAGUCGCCCAUUACGAAGCGUCCACCCACGACGCCCGUCACGCUCUCCGGCUGGCUACACAAGCAGGGCUCCGAUGGUCUGAAGGUGUGGCGCAAACGUUGGUUUGUCCUGGCUGAAUAUUGUCUCUACUAUUACAAAGGCCCGGAGGAGGAGAAGCUGCUGGGCUCGGUGCUGUUGCCGUCGUAUCGCGUCGCCGCCUGCCUGCCGGAGGACAAGAUCUAUCGCAAGUUCGCCUUCAAGUGCGAGCAUCAGAAUAUGCGCACCUAUUGGCUGGCCGCUGACAGCGCCGACUCCAUGAUGCAGUGGGUCCGAGCCUUGGCAGCGGCCAGUCUCAUGCAGGCGCCCAGCAGCGGUGAAUCGGAGCCAAGCGUCAGCUCCUCGCUGAAUCACAGCGGCGAGAACUCCGACUCGGGCAUACACACACUCCAAUCGCAACCGGGCAAGGGGCAGGUCACUCCCGCCUCCGAUAAUCCAGGAGCGGGCGGAGGUGCUCAGCCUUUGUAUGCCAAUGCGCCGCCCAAGCCGCGACGCAUAAAUGACGGCGGCUACUCCUCGCCCUCGCCCGAGCAUAACGAGCAGCAGCCAUUGCCACCUAGUCGCCGCAUCCACUCGCCCGGCACACAGCAGCAGCAGCAGCUCUAUCAGCAAAGAUCUCAGCAGCCGCAGCCGCAGCCGCAGGCGCAGCAGCAUCAUGCCAUCUAUGAUACGCGCACGGGCCAUGUGUCGACGGCGCUGCAGCUGCAGCAGGCGCAGCAGCAGUACUCGCUGGAUCAUCUGGAGGCGCAGUUCCAGCAGCAGCAUCUGGACAUGGAGGAGCAGAUCGCCCGCCUGCAGCAGCAGCGUGCGGUAGAGGAGAUCUACGGCGAGCGGGAUCUCUACAUGGCCAAGCUCAUGCAGCGUCCCUAUCCGACCCAGCAGCAGCAACAGCAACAGCAGCUGCAGCAGCUCCAGCUGCAGGCGGAGCGACGCACGCCGGACGCCUACGGCCGAUCCAAGCAGCAGCGCAUGUUUGCCGCUGCCGCCGCCGCCGCUGCUGCCGCGGACUACGAGGACAUCUACAAUAUGUCACAGCUGGCGGGCGCCGGCGGCGGCGCACUCAGCGCCCACGAGGCUCUGCUUCAGGAGGCAGCCAGCUAUAGGCGGCCCCUAAGUCCGCCCAGCUAUGAUGGCAGCAAGCAUGUGCCCGCCAUGCCUCAACGCUAUACGCCCAACCACUUGGAGCCCGCGGCCGCCGAUCAGCUAAUCAAUAACAUGGACUUGCGUGCACAGUCCGCGGCGGCGAUUGUGCGUCCGCAUUCUGCCGACUUUCUGGAGUACGAGGCGCGUGCCGAGGCAGCGGCCGCUGCCGCCGCCGCAGCCGUGGCGCACAGCAAACAGGAGUCGGGCGGACGUGCACCGCGACCCAAAUCCAGUUUGGACAUUAAUCGCACGCCGGACAGUUUCUACUACUCAGAGGCGAGCUAUGCGGAGAAGAUGCGCAAGAGCGCGUUGUAUCUGCAGAGCGGAGGCGCCCAGCCGCAGCAGGCGGGCAGCUAUCGCAUCGCGGAAUUUGGCAGCGGCAUGCACACGAUUGGCUAUGAGAAUCCCUAUGAGCGCGCCCAUCAGCGCCAGGAGCUGCUCGCCGAGGCGCAGGCUGCGCAGGGUAGCGCCGCGUGCAGCAUGCCACGGAUGAGUCGCUCGGCCAGCCAGGGAGCCGGCGGCGGUGCCGCGGCACGUUCCGUCUCUUCGCACGCACAGCAACAACAGCAGGAUGUGGACUUGCCGCCACUUAAUGUGCAUCCGGGCUCCAUAUUCCCGCCCUCGAUGUCCACGCAGGAGAUCAUCAGCAAGAACGAGCAGUUCCUGCGCUCGGCCAGCGCCCGGCUGCCCAAGCGCAACGGCGGCCUGGAUGACGAUUACUCGACGGCCAACAAUUCGCUGGCCACAUCGCCGACGGCGGGCGCCGGGCCAUCGCCGCCGAAUCCGCUCGAUGGCGAACGCAAGCGCGAGGAGUCCAUGAAGCGUCUGCUCGAAUGGAAACAGCGUAUGCUGCAGUCCCCGUUAACACGCAAAGGCGUCCAGCAGGGCGCUAACAAUAUGUCGGCCAUGUCCAAGCUGGGCAGCAAUCCGAAUAUCCUGCUUGCCUCCACGGCCGUGGCCAGCGGUGCACGCUAUGGCCCGCAUGCGGGCAAAACCGGGCUCGUCGGCAAUCCUGGAGCAGCCACAAAUUCCAAUCCUGCCGCAGCCGGCAGCGGCAGCUCGGUGGGCAUUCAGCGCUCCAGAUCGGAAACGCACGCGAAUAUGGGUCCCGGCGGUGUAUACAACAGCUACUCCUCGGAUGAUGAGGAUAAAGAAAACGCACAAAGCGCAGCUGGGCCGGGGCUGGAUGAUAACAUAAGUGUGACGGCAGGAAGGUCGACAGCAACAACAACAACAACAACAACAACAACUAGCACACAAAACACAACAACAACAACAGCUGCAACAAUGACAACAAUAACAAUAGCAGAGACAACAGCAACAGCAACAACAACAAUUAGUCUUAGCUCAAAUUUAACAACAGCAACAACAACAGCAGGAGGAGGAGAAGAGAAUGUGGGCAGCCCGAGCUUCCAGCUGAAGCCCAUCUUGAAGGUGCACGAGGCCAGCCGCACGCCCAUUAUUCAGGUGCAGCCCAGUGUGGGCCAGCAGCCGCCUCUUCGUCCCAAGCUGAAGCUGCAGCUGCAGCCGGUGCCCAUUUUGCCGAAAAAGCAGGCACCGAAAUCCCCGCAGAAUGUGAACUAUGUGCCCGUGUACAGCAAUAAGCUGGCCAUAACCGAUGCCGAGGAGACGCCCAUAUUGAUGCAACUGAAGCUGUACAAGGAGCAACAAGAGCAGCAGCAGCAGCAGCAGCAGCAACAACAAUCGGAGGAGGACCUGACGCCCACAGCGGAGGCAAAGCCAACGCCAGGUGAAGCGGCAGCACCUGAACAGGAGAAGGAGGAGAAACAGAAGCAGGAGGAGGCACAGGAACAGGAGGAGGAACAGGACCAGGAAGAGGAGGAGGAUGAGAGCACCGCCUGCGAGGAGUACACAGACGAUGACAUAGACGAGGCGCUGGCACAGGACGACGACGACAACGAGGAAAAGGAGGAUAAUGUAGAGGAGAAGACGCCUCUUCCUGCGCCUGUAGAAGGCAAUUUGUAUGCAAAUGAAUCCGUGUCGCUGACAGAUCAGGCAUUGGACGAGAGUCAUUAUCUACCCAUGACACCCAAGAAGGUGGAGCUGGGCCAGCCGGGCACGCUCAGUCUGAUCGCCAUGCACGCCGAGGAGGAGGAGGCAGCUACGCAGCAGCAGCAGCAGCAGGAGGAGGAGGAGAAUCAUUACGUUGAGAUGACCAAGAAUCUGAACGACGAAGACAACAGAAGCAACUACGAGAUCAUGUGCAUAGCCAGCCAGGUGACGAGUACGAGCAUGAGCACGAGCCAGAGCAGCAGCCGAGUCCACACGGAACCCGUCUACAUGGAGCUGGCUGGCGCAGUCGCAGUCGCUGCAACCGCUGGCGAGGAGGCGCACUGCUCCUCGGGCCGUUCCACGCUGAAGAAGAAGAGCAAAAAGUGUACGAAAAAACGUGCGGGCAAAGACAUGCCGGACAUACUGAAGCCCACGAAGAGCAGCCUGGCGGCCAGCGACAGCUCCGAUGCGGACGACGAGAGCAGCAAACAGCAGCUGGAGGCGAAGAGAUUGCGCUCCCGCACACGUUUCAGCUUGUCGGACACGUUCCGGCCGGCGUCGUAUUAUCUGGGCGCCUCAACGCCGCUGAACAACUAUGCGGAGAGCUCGGACAGCGAGAUAUUGCCGCCGCCGCCCAUACCCGACUCGCCGCCGCCCAUGGAGCAGCUAAAAACGGAGGAGAUCUUCUCCUCGGAACACUACGAUACGGUGCGCCGGCGCGACAGAUCAUACGAGCAGCUGCCCAAGAUGCACGCCAGCAACAGUUCGCUGAAUUUGCCCAAAACCGAGCCGAGCACCGCGCUCAAGAGCAGCCGCCUCUCGCUGCCGGAUCACUUUGCCAAGGUGCGCGGCACACCUGAGCAGUUGCAGCAGCAGCAGCGUCGGGCUACUGCCCUGGUGCUGCUUCAGCAGCAGCAACAGCACGCGCGCACCCUAUCCGACUCCAAUUACAGCUGGCCGACGGAGAAAAGCUGCUCUUCGCGCACCUCCUCCGACCUGGAGCUCUAUCGCAAGCUCCAGGUGCAGCCGAGCAGCGACUCGAGCGAAUCGGUGGAGUUUCGCCAGCGCUCCGAUUCGGAGCUGGAGCGUCAGCGUUCGCGUCGUCCGCUCUCGCAGGAAUCCAUCAGCGAAAUCGAAUCGAUGAGCGAACACUUCGAGGAGACGCUCAGCAGCCACGAACUAGACACGUAUCUCAGUCAUUUGCAGGGCAGCGAUCUGUUGCCCAGCCGAGCAGCUGGCGCCGAUCUGCUGAUCAAGCCGCCGAAGAUCUUUCGCAAUGCCGAGGGCGAUGAGCAGCAUUUCUAUGGCAAUAUACACUUUCUAUCCUCCACGGACUCCAUACAGCAGCUGGUCAGCAGCAGCAGCGGUGUCGUCUCCGGCGCCUGCCUCACCCCGCUGCACAGUCGCAACAAUAGCAAUAUAUCGACGCAAUCGGCGCCUUAUUAUUACUCGGAGCUGCCGACGCCAGCGGCGGCGGCGGCGGCGCAGCUGAACAAUCAACGGGAGAUACACGCACCUGGGCUUAAUAUAGCGCACAUACAUAAUCCAAUCGACAGGCGGCAGUUUGUGGAUGUCGUCGAUGCGCUGGUCGACAAGGAUCAGGCAAUUGACAGCAAGAAUCUGUAUAGCAUGAAGGCGAACGUGGAGAAGCUCAGCUACAGCUGCACCAAGAAUCUGAAGGCGGGUCAACAGCUCAAGCUGAACAACAACAACAACAACAACAACAACAUGCAGCUGGUGGAGCAAGUGCCUCCAGAUGGUCAUGGUUCAUUAAACGCAACUCAUUCACAUUUUACAAAUACUAAAAACACAAAUCUCGCUCCUAAACUGACUGGUGGUAGCCUGGAUGAGGCCGAGGCCGAGGCGGAAGCGGAGUCGGUUCUGGUUGUGGGCGUAGCUGAGCUUGAUCUGGAGCUGGAGCUAGAGCUAGAGAAGAGCAGCACCACGAAUAACGCGAAUCAACUCUCAGUUCUAGGUGGCGAGCUGCUCUGGGAGGAGGAUGCACUGUGGCGCGAGAGCCUGCGUCGCGUCUCGCAGCGACACGCUCGCUCUCUGGACGAUCUGGAUCGCAUUGCGGCGGCCGCGCCCAUACCGACGCCAGCGCCCAUGACCACGCCCAGCAGUCAGGCGCACAAAACAAAGCUCAGCCGCGAGGUGACCUAUGUGAACGAUAACCACAAGCCGACGGCGCACCGUCUGCAGCAGGCAGCAUCGCUCCAUCCGGCCGAUGAGCACGAUGUCUAUGUGCAGCUGCUAGCGCAGGGCUCGUCGACGGAUGCGGAUCUGUACGAGGUGCUGCGCGAGGAGACGGGCUCCAAUUUAUCGCACAAGUCCAACGAGCUGGAUCGCGAGACCAUACGCCAAUGGGACGCCAUGUCCAGCGGCCUGCUCAAGAGCAGCAAUAAUCCCGAUACCAUGCCCACCAGAACACCGCCCACCUCCAGUGGGCCCAUGCUGCCGCUGACCAGCAAUGUGCGCUCCAUAAUCCAGCAGCUAAAUGGAGGCAGUGAAGCCAGCAACGAUGCCAAUGGGAAUGCCAUUGUUACAGCCUCGAUAUCGGUGCGCAAUGUCAACAACUUGCCCAAGGUCAAUCUGACGGUCAAGCCAGAACCCUCAGAUGCGCUGCAGCAACAGCAGCAGGACUCGGCAUUCGCCCACUAUGAUCCCUACUAUGGCAACGGAACGGAAACCAAAUAUGCCAAAGCCACACAGCUGACAGAUCGCGCUCCUUACGGACGCACAGUGGGCAUGGCCACAUCGACGCCACAACAACAACAGCAACAACAAUUGCCAUUUGCCAUGCGACGUGCCGGCAGUCGAGCUGAAAUUGAUAUGCUCGAGCGUGAGACGAGCUCUCAGAUAAGGAAUCGAUUACGCGGCGCCGAGGGCCUCACCCGGGCGGAGAGCAUUCAGCGCUUGGAUUAUCUGAAGCAGCAUUUGCUGGACCUGGAGCGCCAGUAUGAGAAGAGCAAGCCGCUGGUCAAUUUGGUGGACAACAUGGUCAAGCUGGGCUCGCUCUAUCGCAACGAUGCCAAUGGCCGAGCCCAGCCGGCGACCCUGGAUCGCCUCGAGUUCAAUCAGCGCAUGCAGGAGCGUCAAAUGCUGCAGGAGGAGCAGAAGCAAUGGGAGCGCCUCAGUCCCAAUCAGGCCGAGUUGCAGGCCAAGGUGCGUGAGCUCUAUCAGCUGGAUCAGCUGCUACAGGAGGAGUCGGGCAUAUUGCAGAGCCUGCAGCGUGACAAGGAGGAUCUGGAGCGUGCUUUGGGUGGUCUACGGGCGCGCAUACACGACAACAAUGCCACGCCCAUGGCUUUGGAGGCGGCCAAGAAGCAACAGCACAUACUGGAACGGGAGCUGUCCCGCGUGCAUCAGCUGCUGGCCGAGAACUCAAAGAAACUGGAGCAGACCGUGGCGGGCAAUGCGCGUCUGGAGCAGGAGCUGCUCACGCUGCGGCAGAAGGUGCAGGCGACGCGUUCGAAUGGCGCAGGCAACGAUCCUAACCAGCUGAACGGCAACCAGACGGCGGCGGUGCUGCAGUCGGAGCUGGAGCGUGUCCAAUCUCUGGUCGGGGACAUGCAGCGGCAGCGGCACGAACUGAGCUCCGCGGUGCGCCAGCUGACGGAGAACUCGACGCGUCUGUACCAGGAAAUUGGUAACAAGGAGCUGAGCCCGCCGAAUGGCUCCAACGGCAGCUUGAAGAAGCGCAGCAACUCAACGAGCUGGACCGAAACCGAUCUGGAUGCCAAUAUGCAUAUGCACAAUGGCAGCCAGCAGCAUCUAAAUGAUUCCACGCUAAACCUAUCGACGCCCCUCUACGUGGACACCAACACGAACAGCCCCGGCAAGCUGACCGACUACAGUCGCUACAAUGGCAGCAGCGAUGCGUUGGAGCUGAGCGGUGUCGAUAGCGACGGUUUUCUGGACAGCAAUCCCUUUGCAAAUCUGAGCAAUCUCGAGAAGCAGGAGAUCAAAACGGUGCGCAUUGUGAAACGCGAAUCGGAGCGCCGACAUCGCGAUCGCAGCGAGCGCGGUCUCAGCAAUUCCAUACAGAAUCUUGAUCAGGUGCUCGAGGAGGAGCACUACGCUCAGCAGAUGCAGCAGCACCAGCAGCAGCAACAACAGCUCCUCGAGGAGCAAAUGAGCAAUGGGCAUCACAGCCGCUCCAAGUCGCUGCCACGCAACUACAGUGAACCGCCAAAGCCCCGGCACAGCCGUCAUCUAAAUGGCAAACAGAAUGGACACCAUUUUAAUGGUGGCUCCGACUACGAUCGGAACAGCAACUAUGAGCAUCAGGCGCCGCCGCCGCCAGCUCCUCAGAGCAAUGGCCAUCAUCAUCAUCAUCAUCAGCAACGGGAGCAGCAGCAGCGGGAGCAUCUGAAUCCUUUGGCCAAUGCCUACUUUGCCAAGCAGCUGCAGCAGCAGACGCAUCCGGGCAGGGACAGCGCGAGGGUGGCUCUGCGCACCAAGACCGACUCGCUGCAGAGCCUUAACAAGAGCCUGACAGACAUCAGUCCGGAGCCGGUCUUCCAGAGCGUCGCCGCGCGUCAGAUCAUCAACGAAAUGUCCGCCGGCUCAGCUUCGGAGGAUACCGAAAAGAUUGUAGAGCGCGUGCCGCCGCCGCACAAACAUCGACGCGCCGUGCCGCGCGAGAAGCGGCGGCAUUACACGGCGCCCAACAAUGUCAACCAGAAGGCCAUGGAGAAGGUGCAGGCCGAGAACGAUAUGAAUCGCAAUAACACCAACUGGCGAGCACGCGAUGAUCUGGAUAUGGAGGUGGCGUUGCGUCCGCGCAUCAAUGCGCCCGAUGUGGUGCGCUCCGCGCUGGGCCAGGGCGAGAAGAUCUCCGAGAAUACCAUUGACAAUUUGCUUUUGGCGCCCAACAAGAUAGUCAUACCCGAGCGUUACAUACCAGAGACAACGCCCGAACUGUCGCCGGAGGAGAAGAAGCGUCGCCAGGAGAAGGUUGAAUCCAUCAAAAAAAUGCUCGCCGAAGCGCCCAUAAGCAGCAAUGAGAACGAGACGCUGCCUGCCAGCAAGAUCAACGCGGAGAAGAAGCAGCGCGAGCAUUUACUGCAGCUAAAUCAGAUAUUGGCGCAGCAAGUCAUGCAAGUCAGCAAAAUUGUUGCCGGCAAUCCCACUAGUCACAACUAACUCAAUUUUAGAAUGUCGUGUUGUUUAUGUUUUUGUUUUUGUUUUUAUUUAAAUGUUCACACUUUUUUGUUAUUUGUUUGAGUUGUAAAAUGGGCCACGAACUGUUGGCCACGUUCAAAUGUGUGUCUUAUGUAAACCAAGUUACAUAUGCAUAAACAAUAACAACAACAACAACAACAAUAACAAUAACAACAACAACAGCUACAUACAUACAACAAACACAACAAAAUGAAAAAAAAAAAUUACAGCACAGCAAGAACUCACGCGACGUUGAGAUUACCGCAUGCUAAGCUCACAAAAUAACAAAAAACAAAAACAAAAUCAAAUCAGUUCAAGCAAUCACAA